AUGGAAUGGUUACCACGAGCACGUCAGGUACUGCACACGUUGGACGAGCUUACAGCUGGGUUUACAAGCAUGCAGAUGGAUGGGCACAGCACAGCACAGCGAUCAGCACAGCACAGCGAUCAGCACAGCACAGCUCAGCAGCGCACGGCACCCUCCAGCCCAGUUGUACAUUUUCGUAUGGGCGGGUGCACGGCUGCAGCGGUAGUCAGCAGUCAAGGCAGCCGGGUGAAGCUGACGCCACAGACCUUGAAAAAAACAGGCAUGCGGAGGUGGAGCUGCGCGUCAGAUAUCGCGCCUGUAACUGCUUCAGAAGCAGAGUCGCUCGGUAACCAGGCUCGCCCCCUCCCACGGAAGCAAGCACUAACUUUCCUGCCUGCAGGUACCCCUCCGUCUGAACGACCCCUAAGCGGGGUUGGAAUCCACAGCAUCCACAUCGAACACGUACGGGCCAAGGAAGGGCAUCUGUACCCGGACAGGAAAACACAGCACAGCGAGGCGUGCAUGGGGUAUCAGGNGGUUUCACAGGGCGAUGGAUGGGCACAGCACAGCACAGCACAGCGAUCAGCACAGCACAGCGAUCAGCACAGCACAGCUCAGCAGCGCACGGCACCCUCCAGCCCAGUUGUACAUUUUCGUAUGGGCGGGUGCACGGCUGCAGCGGUAGUCAGCAGUCAAGGCAGCCGGGUGAAGCUGACGCCACAGACCUUGAAAAAAACAGGCAUGCGGAGGUGGAGCUGCGCGUCAGAUAUCGCGCCUGUAACUGUACCCCUCCGUCUGAACGACCCCUAA